AUGGGAUGUACGCAAAGCGCAGUCCCACGUCGCCAGGCGCUUCAGGCGAGGCGAAGCGAAGUACCGACAGAUGAGCUGGCGCAGCUGGUGCAUUUCGGGGCAUGGAUGCUGGAGGAGGGCGCCAGGAAAGACCUGGUUUUUGUGUUGCUUCUGAUCGCGGGAGCCCGAAGCACCAUCAGCUCGGCAUUGAUGACCCGUUUUGCCAACGCCUUCCGCAAAGCACGGGAUGACUAUGUGGUGAAUCACACAGACCAGACUCCCUCAGGUGACGGGGAGGCCGCGGAUCAGCAGCGAUUUGCGGCUCUCCAACAGGUUGCCAAACUUCAGCUGAAGAGGCACUGGAAGCGCUACCGGAAAGUAGGGGAGGAGAAGAGCUUCCGGAAACUCCGGGUGGAGCUGCCAAAAAGCAAACCGUCACGAGACUUCAAAAUCAUGCAGAAGAUGAAGUCCAGCGCGAGUGUGGUUGAGGGGAUACUCGGACGAGAUGGCCGAACAAUGUCGGACCUGGAGGACAUCACCCUCGAAUGCGAGAGCAUAGUUUGCUGCUUUGGAGAAGCAGCGAGUCCUGCAGAGCGGGUGGUCACGUCGCUCCCCAUGAUCAUCCAGGCAGUGCACCAUGUCGAAGAAGCACUGGCCCCGCUGCUGUCGGCCGUGGAGGAUGUCUUUGGGAGUGAGCCCUUCCUUGGGCCUGGGGAGGUGGAAAGGUGCUCCUACGAGAUCCCGGCGGGCGGUUGCGCUUUCUGCACGGAAAGUCCGGGAGACGUCUGCUUGCCGUUCCAGGCAUUUGGCGUGAGCCUCCUGCAUGGCAUGUGCCAGGGUCGAGCCGGCGUGACUCCAGACGUCUUACUGGAGGAGUUGGGGGAUCCGGCGCAGCCGAUUCGCAUUCUCAGUACGAACAGCAAGUCUGGGGAGAUGUUUUUCAUCUCCCAAUCGGGGAAGUUCAUCAUCAAGAGCAUCUCGGAUGCCGAGGGGAAAGGGCUGGAGGCAAUUCUUCCGAGCUACGUCAGCCACCUUGCCGGAGAGGAAGGCUCCAUUCUCGGGCUCUAUGUCGGGCUGUAUCGAAUUGACAUGGGCUCUGGGUUGGGGCAGCGCUACUUCACCAUCAUGCGCUCGGUCUUUGACUCGCCAGUGCAGAUGAGCCGGAUGUACGACCUCAAGGGCUCCACCCACAACCGCAGGGUGAAGGAUGAUUCCGAGAAAGUUCGCAAGGACGAAGAUUGGAUCUCGGAUGCAUGUCGCUUGGCCGUGUCCCCCGAGGAUGCUGCCAGCCUGGAGAAGAUGCAUGGAAGAGACACCGCUUUCCUCAGCGAGUUCUCGAUUAUCGACUUCUCGGUGCUGAUUGGAAUCGCGGAGAUCCAGGAGUCCGAUGAGAUUCCACCCCAUGCCUGGCAGAGCGUGGACAAGUCGCAGUGUUACUUCAUCGGCAUUGUCGACGUGCUGAUUGAGUAUGGGCUCCGGAAGCGACUCGAGCAUUUGCUCCACACCGUGAAAGGUGUGGGCCAGACCGCGAGCGUCACGGACCCUAACAGCUAUGCCAAGCGCCAGCGUCGAUUCUUCCGCGAGCACGUCCUCCCCGUCUGUGACGAGGUGGUGAUCGACCGGUCGGAGCAAGUACAACGAUAUGAGCGCGAGGUGGCUUCCCCGCCCCGUUCCUCGGUGACUGCUCCGGCCCUGGAGAAAGUCGAGGAGACGGCAACAGACCAGGGGCGGCGGAUGUCGACCGUGGGCUUUUAG